CAUUGCUCUGUUAUGCACAUGCAUAUGAAACAUUCAACAACCGAAUUAGCGAACCGGAUAAGCAGAGCACUGAUCACCGCCGCCGAUCAAUCUGCAGCACCACGGACAUGGACCCCGGUACUCGAACAAACCCUCCAUGGAAUCGGUUGCCGACACUCCCUCAACCCAACACUCGUUUCCCGAGUCAUCGACCCUUUCCUCAUCCACCACCAUUCACUCGCACUCGGCUUCUUCAACUGGGCUUCUCAGCAACCAGGAUUCACCCACACUUCCAUUUCCUAUCAAUCCAUCCUCAAAUCCCUCUCCAUCUCCCGCCAAUCCACCGCUGUUGAUACGCUCAUGAAGCAAAUCAAAACUCUCAAAAUUCAACUCAAUUCUUCCGUCUACCGCUCUAUUAUCACAUCACAUAUCGCCGCAAAAAAACCUCUCAACGCGUUUUCGGUAUUCAAUGAUGUUAGAUUCUUGAUCUCUGAUAUUGGUCCUGAUACCUGUAAUUCGCUACUUGCGGCUCUUUCUAGUACUAGGAAUUUGAGUUAUGCCCACCAAGUGUUCGAUGAAAUGAUCACAAGAGAUAUUCGUUUCUCUACACUUGGAAUUGGUGUUUUUCUAUGGAGAUUUACCAAAACGGCUGAACUAGAUAAAACUCUGAGCUUCCUGGAUAACAUCCAAAACCAAAAUUCAAGUGUAAACGGUUCGAUUCUUGCACUUUUGAUUCUUCACGGGUUGUGUUUAGAGAGUAGAGUGCAUGAAGCUAUGUAUAUGCUCGAUAUAUUAAGAAAAAGACACUGCAAACCUGAUUUCAUGGCAUACAGAAUCGUUGCAGAAGCCCUUAGAGAAACAGGGAAUGUAGUCGAAGUAGAGAAAGUCUUGAAGAUGAAGAGAAAACUUGGAGUUGCACCAAGAACAAGCGAUUACAAAAACUUCAUAUUUCAAUUAAUUUCCGAAAGACUAAUUUCUGAAGCCAAAGAUUUAGGUGAAAUAAUCAUAAACGGAAAUUUCCCAAUUGAAGAUGAUGUUCUCAACACAUUAAUAGGAUCAGUAUCAACCAACAAUCCUCAAGCUGCAUUGAUGUUCUUCAAAUCCUUAGUUUCAAACGAAAGAUUCCCCACUCUUCUUACACUCAACAAUUUGUGUAGAAACUUAUGUAAACAUGGAAACCAUAACGAAUUAGUGGAAAUUUUCAAGAUUCUAUCGGAUAACGAGUAUUUUGUGGAUAUUGAAAGAUAUAAUGUGAUGAUUUUGUACUUUUGUAAAGCGGGAAAAGUGAAAGAAGCAUAUGAGAUUCUUCAAGAGAUGAAGAGAAAAGGGUUAGGUCCAGAUAUUUCAUGUUAUAAUCAUGUUAUGGAAGGUUGUUGUAAGGAAGAUAUGAUUCGCCCUGCUAAACGAUUGUGGGAUGAAAUGUUUGCAAAUGGAUGUGAACCCAAUUUGAAAAGUUACAAUAUUUUGAUCCAGAAGUUGUCUGAAAUCGGGCAGGUGAAAGAGGGUCAUAGGGUUUUCGGGCAGAUGUUGGAGAGAGGAGUGCUGCCCGAUGAAACAACCUAUGUUGUUCUGAUUAAAGGGUUUUGUCAAGAAAAUGAAGUUGAGACAGCUCUUGAAGUGUUUAACAAGUCUUUCGAACAUGAUGUAGAGAUUGCGAAGGGUAUAUUGGGAAAGUUCGUUCUUUAUCUUUGUAGAGAAGGUGAAUUUAUUGUUGCUUCAAAGUUGGUGGAUGAUUAUACAUAUGCUAAAGAACAUUUGGAGUACAACAUGAUAUUGCUAAAAUGUCUUGUGGAUGCCAGAGAGUUAGGUAUUGCUAUUAAACACGUGAAGAGGGUUGUUGAGAAGUCGCCUCCAUUGUUGCAUGAGCUUCGUUGUGAGCUUUUUUCAUGGCUUUCAUCUUCAUCAAAACAAGAGCCAAUUUUAGAAUUGAUUAAAGUGAUUGAUUUGAAUGUAUCCAACAAAAUUAUGUAGUCUUCAAAAGCUUUUUCCAAAAGAAAAAACUAAAUAGAUAUUAUUAUUUUUUUGUCCGAAACAUGAGUUCCAUAGGCCGAUUUACUCAUUUUACUCCAUACAAAGAAGAAAGUGAAAACCAUCAAAUGUCAAUCUAU